AUGGGAGAUUUACAACGAAAAGGUAAAACUGCAUAUAACAUGUGGACCUCGCAAGAAAAUAAUAUGUUGUUGGAACUGAUGGUUGAUGCUGCUAAUCGUGGAUGGCAUGACAAUAUGGUAUGCAAUGCAACCACACAAAGAUUCACCGCCACAGAUGAAAUAUGGGAUGAUUACUUUAAGUCUCAUCCAAACCAGAAACAACUACGAACAGACACUUUUGCUGACUUUGAGGAUUUGAAAAUUAUUGUUGGAAAUGGAACUACUAUUAGAAAAAAUUCUAUUGGAUUGGGAGACGAUACAGAUGCAAGAAUUUAUGCGCAAGAUAAAAGUACAUAUGUUAGGAUAGAUGACUAUAUAUAUGAUGAGAUUAAUAAGGCAUAUGUGCAAACUCAACUCGAUCCAUCAUACCAAGCACCUUCACUAGGACAUAAUGAACCAUCAAUGUCGGAGCUCAAUCCAAAUUUAGAAGUUCCCAUGGAAAACACUGUUCAAAGAAAAUGA